GAUGGCGAAUAAAGUAGCCGCGCGCUGUACCUCGCGAGCCAGUCGCCCGCAUUUAAGUAUCGAGGCUGUUCGGGCCGCGGGAUCAGAUCAGGAGCAGCCGCGGCGGGGUCUCCAACUCCGGCAUACUCGGUGGACGGUCAGUCGCUGCAAUGGAGUAGACAGUGCAGAUGGGCGACGGUGCGCGAUAGGUAAAGGGACGAGAAGAGACCAUACGCUACUUUUUAUUUUCCUUCAGUAGAAUGAACGAGCGGCGCUUGCUGGGUUAAAGAGACCCUUGCUGACUGAGCUCCACAGCGAAAAGCAACGGCGAACAAGCCCUCUCACGACCAGCGAGAACAGCCCAACAGGACGAGAGAGACUCUAGCAAAUUGUGAUGAGCAUCUCUGUCCGGCUGGCAUUUUCUACAGCCGACUUGAGUUCACUCUGAGGCAGAGCGCACCCCGGCGGAGAUGUCCCGACACCACAACCGCUUCGAGCGGGAUUACCGCGGUGCUUGGGAACGGCGGGAUCGAGGGGUGGCCCUUAACAAUGGCCACAACGGCAACUGCAACAGCGGCAGCUGCGCGGGGACAGGCGGCAACAACCGGCCGGGACUGCUGCCCCUGCCCGUCAUCCCCUCAUUGCUUCCCAGCCCUGCAACGGUCGCCGUGACGACCACCAGCAACGAGCUGGCAUGUAAACGCAUCGGCUCCAGUUCCAGCACCGCCACCUCCAAGGUGUCUGGACUGUCACCGGUGGAGAACCACACCCAAGGCCAGAUCCUGGCCCCGGGGGUCCGAUGGGGGCAGACACCCAUCAAUCAGUCGACACCAUGGGAGACGGACGAGCCCCCGUCGAAGCAGCUGCGGGAUAGCGAGGCCAACGCUCCGCCGUGGGUCCCGCCGGUGCAGAGCGCGAGUAACCCGGCUCUUCUGGCCCACACGUACGGGAUGCCCCAGCCUGCUGCCUACAGCCCGGCCGUGACGGUGCAGUCACCCCUCGUAGGAGUGACUCCUGCCCUGCAGGCCGCGGUGCCCCGGCAUCACCCGCACAUAGCUGCUCACUUCCAACUGGCGGCGCCCUCGUCCCAGCCUCUCGCCGGCAUGGUGAUGAACAUGGCCACCCACCCCCCGUACUCCACCACCGCAUCCCCCAUGCCUGCCGUCUGUCAGGUGACCCAACCCGUGCACGGCGUCAUGGGCAACGGUCACAUGUCCCAUCCCAUGAUGCAGGCGCCCCCUCUGUCCUCUGCCGCCCUGCCGGUCGGGGCGCCUCCGCUGGCCAAUGGGCAAGUGGUUCCCCAAGCCCCACCCACCAUUCCGUCCAAUCAGGAGAGUCCCAACGGGCCACAGAUGCUGAGGACGGUCGGCAUGGGGAAGUACGAGUUCACUGACCCCUGGCACCCGAAAGAGAUGUUGAAGGAAUUGAACCAGCAGCGCAGAGCGAAAGAGUUUACAGACCUGAAAAUUAUUGUUGAAGGCAAAGAGUUUGAAGUCCACCAAAAUGUUCUAGCUUCCUGCAGCUUGUAUUUCAAGGACCUGGUUAAAAGGUCAACGGGAGAGAAGCAGAACGGUGAGAAGCUGGAGCUGUCCAUGAGCGGCGUGGCUGCCGACGUGUUGGAGCUGCUGCUGGAGUUCGUCUACACGGGCUCGCUCGUCAUCAACGCUGCCAACGCCAAGACCCUCCUGGAGGCCGCCAACAAGUUCCAGUUCAACACCUUCUGCAAAGUCUGUGUUUCCUUCUUGGAGAAGCAGCUGACGGCGGCUAACUGCCUGGGCGUGCUGGCCAUGGCCGAGGCGAUGUGCUGCACGGAGCUGCACAGCAUGGCCAAAGCCUUCGCCCUGCAGAACUUCCCUGAGGUGGCUGCCCAGGAGGAGAUCCUCAACAUCUCUAAGGAGGACUUCGUCAACUACCUAUCCAACGACAGCCUGAACACCAAAGCCGAGGAGGUGGUUUACGAGACCGUCAUCAAGUGGAUCAAGAAGGACCCCAUCUGCAGGGUGCAGCAUGUGUCCGAGUUGUUGGCUGUGGUCCGGUUGCCCUUCAUCCACCCCAGCUACCUGCUGAAUGUCGUCGACAACGAGGAGCUCAUCAAGUCCUCGGAGGCCUGCCGGGACCUGGUCAAUGAAGCGAAGCGCUAUCACAUGCUGCCCCACGCACGGCAGGAGAUGCAGACGCCCCGCACCCGGCCCAGGCUGUCCGCAGGAGUGGCCGAGGUGAUUGUGCUGGUGGGUGGCCGUCAGGCCAUUGGGAUGAACCAGCGCUCCCUGACAGCCGUCACCUGCUUCAAUCCGCAGAGCAACAAGUGGUACCCGCUGGCCAGCCUGCCUUUCUACGACCGCGAGUUCUUCAGCGUCAUCUCGGCGGGGGACAACAUCUACCUGUCAGGUGGCGUGGAGUCGGGAGUGUCGGUGGCUGACGUGUGGUGCUACAUGUCCCUGCUUGAUAAUUGGAACCUGGUGUCCCGCAUGACGGUCCCCCGCUGUCGGCACAACAGCCUGGUGUAUGAUGGGAAGCUGUACACCAUCGGGGGACUUGGCGUGGCGGGGAACCUCGACAACGUGGAGAGGUAUGACACCAUCACAAACCAGUGGGAGACGGUGUCCCCGCUUCCCAAGCCGGUGCACUCGGCCGCGGCCACCGUGUGUGGAGGGAAGGUCUACGUGUUCGGUGGGGUGAACGAGGCGGGCCGCUCGGCGGGCGUGCUGCAGUCCUACGUACCACAGACCGACAGCUGGAGCUUCAUCGAGUCGCCGAUGAUCGAUAAUAAGUACGCCCCAGCUGUUACCCUCAACGGCUUCAUCUUCAUUCUGGGUGGAGCCUAUGCAAGGGCUACCACCAUCUAUGACCCAGACAAGGGCAACAUCAAGGCUGGACCCAGCAUGAACCAUUCCAGGCAGUUCUGCAGUGCCGCAAUCCUGGAUGGUAAGAUCUAUGCCACAGGCGGCAUCGUCAGCAGUGAGGGUCCAGCUUUGGGCAACAUGGAGGCCUACGACCCCUGCAGCAGCACCUGGACACUCCUGCAAAACCUGCCCUGUCCACUCUUCAGGCACGGCUGCGUGGUCAUCAAGAAGUACAUCCAGAGCGGCUGAGGCGGCAGAAAUAGCAGAGACUCUUACCCAGAAAUCCUGGGGCGAGCAGCGAUGCCACAGGCCCCGCCCUGCCGUCGGUAAACCCCUCCCACCUUCGAUCUGUACCGAAUGUAAAUGACAUUCUUCACCAUUUCGGUGAAAUCGAGGCCCAGAGCCUCAGCUAUGUAACAUAGUCUAACUUAUCCCACCGCCUGGUGGUUUCACUAGAUGUUUGUACUGGUUUCAGCGUUAGCUUGUCAGUUUAAUUAAAAUGUGGUAGCUAUCAUUUUCCCAUCUGUGAUCAGUUUUAUUAGGGUUGUUGCCCCUCCUAUUACUAUAGGAUCAUGUGCACUCCAUGGGCACCAUCUGGUUUAUAUCUGCGAUAACUUAACAAAUUAUUGGAAAAUAACGAUAGAUAGGGCUCUUCAAAUCUGGCCCUCGAUUCCAAAUCCAGGCCCUGUUUUCAGUUCACCCAGAUAGUUAGUUUAAUUACUGAUUCUGAUUGGUCAGAGGCUUCACACCUGGCUCACAGGUAAAGGAAGGCUGGAAAACUAGCAGUGCUCGGACCUGGAGGACCGCGAUUUGAAUAACCCUGGACUAUAGGAUCAGUCUGCCGCUCGCCAGGUGUUCACUCGCUGCAUUAACGGCCUCCUUGCUAACGGGCUCCUGUUUAAACGAGGUUAUCACCAAACGGAUCCGAGAUUCAUACUGUGAGAACAGCAGCACAGGGGAGAGGACCUGAGAGGUGGACGUCGUCCCGGGGAGCACUUGAGUCGGGGAGCACUCGGGGAGCUUGCAGCAGAGGCAGGCAGCUUCAGAGACUGGGGGGGGGGGGGCGGUACGGCCCAUGGUUGGGAGAUAAGAGCUGAAAUCUAAAGGGCUGGAAACAGACUAUUAAACCAUCACAGAGCCAUUUCUCUGCACUCGGCCAAAGCACAAAUAAUCAGAGGCUGAGGUUUACCACACUCAGUAUCAGUGCAUUCCUCCAUUGUUUGUCCUUCCAUUUUUUUUUUUUUUUACAUUUCAUAAGGUUUGUUGGGGAAAUGUUAAAAAUGAUUGCAAGGGUGGGGGACAGACAGUGCUGUAAAUUAGGAAAGGAAAAAUGUUUAUUUUAAAAAUGACUCGAUUCUGUAAAUGUUUUUAGAAAGCUGGGUAGAUGGACGUCUGUAAAUCUGUACGAAACUGAAAAAAAAAAAUAAAGUAUGACAGAAAAUGACUACUGGGUCAUUAGUUAUAUGCAUGCAGUUGGAUCUUGUAAAAAGGCUUCACUGUCAGGGUAGGUUGCAUACAGUAUCACCUCUGUGACAAGUUUAUUAAUAAUCUGUCGUAUUGCAUAGUUAAUUUUCCAUCACUAUGUGCUACGUUAUAUGUUUGACAUUUCCUGAAGUUGGCUAAAACUUACAUGUCAUUAACUGGGAAAUUUUGUGUUAUUGAUGUUACCAAAUGUAAGAGCAACACCAGGGAGAAUC